AUUUGAAUCCGCCAAAAAGUUUUAAAAGGUUUAAUCUUGCUAAGAAAAUUUAAUUUUACGACUGAUUUAGUCUUUUUUUUUUGUUAUUUGUGGUGAAUGCUUUUGUCAAGCUGUUGAUGAAUGUAGUUUUAUACCAUCUUGUUGUUAAAAAAAAAAGUUUUAUACCAUCUAAUACCAUUUCAGCAUAUUCGUCAGUUUGUUAUAAACUAACGAUUUGUUUUGUUUCUGUUUCACAAAAGUUGAUUUGUGGAAAAUUGAGAACUAUAAUGAUUGGGCGCUAGUUUUUAUGCUAUAAUAUUUUAGAUAUUAAGGUUUACGAUUUUUUAUUUUUCUAAUUUCUAUUGUUUAUUAUUGAUUUGAAAAAAAAAUUGCAACUACGAUAACAACCGGCACAGUAUUUGAAUAGUUAAAAAAGAAAUUGGUAUAAUAAUAAAUUUGUUAUUAAGCAUAUAUAUUUAAAAAAAAACACUUCGACUUUAAUUUAACAGUUAUCUCUAAUUCUGUUUUUAUGCUUUAUUUUCAAUAGAUGAGGGGUAAAAAUAAAAUAAAAAUUAAUGAUUUGAGGUUUAGGGUAUUGUGGAUUAGGGAUCAUAUAUGUUAGGAACGUAUAAUUAUGAAUACUGCCAAAAUACAUUAUAUCAGACUUUAUGUAUAUAUAUUACAUGUCAAUUUGAAAAUCUUGUAUGUUAUUAGAUGGUGUAAGUUUCAAUACGUAAAACCCACACAACACCAUAUACUUCAAAAAAAAAAAACAUAUGGUUUAUGAUUGGUUAUGUUAAUAGAAAUAAUAUAGUUAGAUUUUUUUUUUAGUAUAGAGAAAUAAUAUAAGAUUAGUUAGGUUACGAUAGCUUUAAUGAUUUAAUAGAUUAGUUUGUUGGAAGAGAAGAUUUUGUGGAAUAAGUAAAUAAUGCUUUAAUAAUUUAAUUAAAAUCAUAGUUUAAAAAUAAUCUAGUGGCAUUGUCUUGUAAAUAUUGUUGAAACAGGAGGGCACCUCAAAAAAGGGUCUUCUGUUUUAAUAGUAUUGAUAUAUGAGACUUUUAAGAUUUUUUUAAAAAGUCUUUAAUGCUUUUAAAGCUUUUUUUUUUCUAAACAAUGCUUUUAAAGCUAUAUCACCAAUUACAACCUAUAAAACCUGAUUUUUUAUUUACAGCCAGAAAAAUUUCUACAAUAUUAAAAGCCUAAAGCAAAAAGUCAUUACCAAGCACAACCUUAAUUUUAAUCUAAUCUAAACAGUAAAACCAAAAAUCAAAAGUUACCAUCACGAGAAUGGUGAAAGCUAACGUAGCCAUAGCUAGAUUUCCUGGUGAUCGAAUAUCCGGAAACACGAGCAGAACUAACUUGACUUGCCUGGGAAAACGCAUCGAACAGAACAUAAUCUGUCACUGUCGGCUCAAUAUCACCGACGUACAGCAACAUAUACCCUGCUUCCGCCAUUUCAUAAAUGCUCGGUUCCCUCCACCACCACCACCAGUACGCCAUGUUUUUUUCUUGUAGUUCUUCUCUCUUCCUUCUCUUCUUUUUAUUCACUACGUACGAGUACGACGAACUCAACAAAGGAAAAGCCAAUGAUGCUUCAGCGAACGUUUCAUCUAUAUUUUUCUUGCUAACAAGAAGAAGUCAGAGGGAAGAUAAUCAGUCAAGGCCGGUCGUGGCUCCAUUAACUUUUUGGAAGAACAAUUCAUCUUUCUUGUUCUUUUUUUUUUUGAACACCACAUACUUAUAUUAAAUCCACUUUCGAAAUCUACGGUGGAGAAACCAGAGUAGCCGUACAGAGAGUAGCUUUUGCAAGUUGAUCAGCAGGAGAGUUUAACAAUCUCUCAACAUACUUAAAAGAAACAAAAACAAAUAGAGAGGAUAGAUGUUCGAUGUCCUGGAUGAUUCCGAGGAGUUCAGCCGGAAGCUACGAAGUGAUUGCUACUAAGAGCGAUUGACAAUCUGUAUUAAGACAGAUGCUUCGAAGUGAUUGCUGCUAAGAGCGAUUAACAAUCUCUCAUCUUUCUUGUUCUUAUAUAUCUCAAAUAAAAGCUUUGUCUACAAUAGAUUUCUCUUAAUAAUAAAAUAAAAUUACAAAUUAAAUGUACAGAUUUUCCAAAAAAUAAAUUAUUACAUAAACAUAUAUAUAUGCUAUAUAUUAAAAAGAAAAGAUAUAAAAAGUAAAUUUAACGAUGAUUCAAGAUAAAAUCUUACUACCGAAACGAACCAAACCAAAACUUUUGGGUUUUGGUUUGGUUAUUCAGGUUGAACCGAUCGACAUCAUUUUUCUGCUCUAUCCAACCAACGUUUAUAAUUUUAAUCACCUAACGUGAAUAAUUUAGUUUCUGCACAUAUUAAUUACUUAUCUUUCUGCCACUCACAUACUAAAGAAUAUAUGUCACUUUUUAAUAUUAGUACGACAAUCAUUUAGAAUAAGCCGUUGACGGAAGAAAAAUGAUAAGACCAACGAAGCUACACAUGUAUGCAACCACCCUUUGGCAUUACAAAAUGGACAUUUAAUUACAUUAAUAUUUUUUCAUUCUAACGAAUAAUUCAUUUUUAGAUUUUACUAAUUAUAUGCUCUAAAGCUGCCAACAAGAAUAAUACAUCUGCAUUGACUUCACAGCUUCACUUUUGCUCACACUCUUUCUAUAUAAUUAAUCUUUCUCUAAGCCAAUCCUCAAAGCUCGCAUCAAACCUUUCACCAAUGGCCCCAAAUUAUAACCAUUCCUCUUCUUUCAUCUUAUUGUUUCUGUCUCUUCACUUUCUUUCAAUUCUAGCCACAAGAAACAACCUCAUCACCGACAGAAACGCUCUUGAAAUCAUCAUCGGCGGCGGUGAAAGCUCCAAUGACUAUUCUCCUGCGCCGUCUCCGGAGCCAGAAGACUGUCCUCCACCGCCGCCUCCGGAGCCAGAAGACUGUCCUCCGCCUCCUCCUCCACCGCCACCUCCGCCACAGUUCUCUAGUCCACUAAUAGAGAAAGUGUAUCCAGUCAUCAAGAAGUUCCAAAACCUAGUCGAAAAUGAUCCAAAGAAGAUACUCAAAACAUGGGUAGGCACUGACAUUUGCGCCGAAGACAAGUACAUAGGGCUCGAGUGCGCAAAGUUCCCGGGAACAAACGAUCUCGCACUCGCGAGCAUCCAGUUCAACCAGUUUAACUUCGGAGGCAAGAAACUAAGGCUAGAUAACUUCCUCAACAAGUUAGAAGAAGUCACCAUCUUCCACGCAAACAGCAACAACUUCGUGGGCGCUGUUCCCGAAGUCAGCAACUUGAAGUACUUAUUCGAGCUUGAUCUCAGCAACAACAAGCUCUCCGGAGAGUUUCCAAGCUCUGUCUUAAAAGCAACCAACCUCACGUUCCUCGAUCUUAGAUUCAACUCUUUCUCCGGUUCUGUGCCUCCUCAGGUUUUCAAUCUUGACCUAGACGUCUUGUUCCUCAACCACAACAAUCUUGUUCAGAGACUCCCCGAGAAUCUCGGAUCCAUCACUGCUCUUUACCUCACAUUCGCUAACAACAGAUUCACGGGUCCUAUUCCCGAAAGCAUAGGUGAUAUCAAGUCCCUACAAGAAGUCCUGUUCUUAAAUAAUAAGUUAACCGGUUGCUUACCAUACCAAAUCGGGAAGCUUAACCAAGCUACGGUUUUUGACGUCGAGUUUAACCAGCUAACCGGUCCGAUUCCAUACUCUUUCGGAUGCCUAGACAAGAUGGAACAGCUCAACUUGGCUAGAAACAAGUUCUACGGUACCAUACCGGAGAUCGUAUGCGAGCUCUCAGCACUCAAGAACGUUUCACUCUCGUUCAAUUACUUCACGCAGGUUGGUCCAAAAUGUAGAGAACUUAUCAAGAAGAAGAUUCUAGACGUUCGCAUGAACUGUAUUCUAGACCUUCCUUAUCAGAGAACGCCAUGGGAGUGCGCAAAAUUCUUCAUGCGAAAACAGAAGUGUCCUAAGUCCAAGUCUUUCUUUUACAUGCCUUGUGAUAAGGCCCCGCACCGGAUUAAACCGGAGCAAGAAGAGUUAGACGGUCAGGCUUCGCCACCAGUAUCGUACCGUGCUCUUAACCCGAACGGGAUUCGGAAUCUUUAGACAAAACCAAAUUGUUUUUUACGUAAUUAUGGAUAUUCAUGUUUAUUUUUAUAUUGCAAGUGUGAUUUGCUGAAUAAAUGCAAUGUGUGUAUUGUCAUUACAAGUAAAAUAAGUUUUGUCUU